AUCCUAAUACGGGCACUUAAGAGCUAAAAGCUCAUGCCCAGAUUUGGCAAAAGCGCAUCGUACUUCUGGCCUAUCUGCCGGGGUCCUGCACUACUCGCUCGAUAUGUGUGUGACCCUAUAAGUACAUGGGAGCACUUCGAAACUUGGCUCGUACCAUGGCUCAAAUCGCAACUGUACGCGUAGGCUCCAAAGAAAUCAAGGUCCCCACCGGCCUCUUCAUCAACAAUGAGUUUGUGCCGUCCGUGGACUCGAAUGAGCGGAUCGAGAGCGUCAAUCCAUUCACUGAGGAAGUGCUGUGUUCUGUCGUCGCCGCCUCGCCCAAGGACAUCGACAUCGCGGUAGCUGCGGCCCGAAAAGCAUUCAACACGACGUGGGGCAAGAACGUCACUGGCUUUGAGCGCUCGCGCCUCAUCAACAAGCUUGCCGAUCUGAUCGAGCAGAAUGCACAGGUGGGCUCCUCAGUCAGCACGCGGGCUCUCGUCGGGCUGAUCCCGACUGCGCAGGAACUUGCGGAGCUCGAGGCCUUGGAUAACGGCAAGCCUAUCAGGAUCGCUCGGGACUACGACAUCGGGGAUUCGGUCCAGAUCCCAUGGAACUAUCCCAUCAACAUGUGGUCGUGGAAAGUCGCGCCGGCGCUCGCGACGGGGUGCACCAUCGUCAUGAAGCCCUCGGAGCUUACUCCACUGACUGCGCUGAAACUAUCUGAAUUGGUGAAGGAAGCGGGUUUCCCGCCGGGCGUUCUGAACACCGUCCCCUCGCUGGGAACCGUAGGUGGCGCGGCGCUCUCCGCGCACAUGGAUGUCGAUAAGGUGGCCUUCACGGGCUCGACCAUCACGGGACGCAAGAUCAUGGAGUCUGCAGCCAAGAGCAAUCUCAAGAAGGCUGGUGAUCGAGUCUCGCUGGAGCUCGGUGGAAAGAGCCCGCACAUCGUGUUUGAGUCAUGCGACCUCGAGCAGGCCGCGCGAUGGGCCGCCCUGGGAAUCUGCUACAACUCCGGCCAGGAUUGCACCGCUGGCUCCCGCGUCUAUGUCCAAGACAGUAUCCAUGACAAAUUUGUGGCCCAGCUAGUUUCUACUGUCAAGGAGCUCAAUUUUGGCGAUGGAACCCAAGAUGGAAGCACAGCGGGUCCAGUGGUUUCCAAAGGACAGUUCGAUCGGAUCUGGAACUACAUUGAAUCGGGGAAGCAGGAAGGCGCCAAAGUCGCCUUGGGCGGCACGAAGCGAACGGGCAAAGGCUUCUUCGUUGAUCCUACGAUUUUCACCGACGUCCAGCCGAACAUGAAGAUUGUGAAGGAGGAAAUCUUCGGCCCGGUUCUCUCUAUCGGUCGGUUCGAGACGGAGGAGGAGGCCAUCAAACUUGCCAACGACACUUCCUAUGGCCUGGGGGCUGGUUUGCACUCCAACGAUGCCAAUCAGUGCAUGCGCGUUGCGUCUGCCCUCGAGGCCGGAACGGUUUGGGUCAACCAAUACAAUCUUCUGAGCAACAACGUACCUUUCGGCGGCAAGAAGCAAUCGGGCAUUGGCCGCGAGUUGGGAAGCUAUGCACUCGAAGAGUAUACCUCUGUCAAGGCGGUGCACUGGAAUUUCGGAGAGAAGUUGGACUGGCCUUUCUAAGCAAAGCUGUUGUAAAUACAUGCUGUUGGAUACAAUCAGAUAUUUUCUUGAAACAUGACCGUCGGCGCACAACUUGUGCGAUAUCUCCGUGUUCUGAAUUGUCGAUCUUCAUUUUAUAUCUGAUAUAAAUACAGACAAGAGUGACACGGAAAAAUAAACAAAAAGCACGACAUUAGAUACAGCAAAAGCAGGGGCAUUAGCAACGACUAGUAGCAAUACAUAAGAAUAACAAGAAUAGGUCACUGCUGUUGGUGGUAACAAGGAUGCGGGCAGCCACAGCUGAGAGCGCGUCAGAAAUCCCGUUCGGACCAGGAGACAGCCAGAGACUCACCGCCGAGGCUGUUGUUGCUGCACCCAUUGGCUCGGUGGGUAGUAUCCCGCCUGUGGGAGGCUGAAGGCCGCGGGCGGCAGCCCGCCGCUCGGGUUCUGGUACUGGGCUUGUGGCUGCGACUGCCAUGUCGCGUCGGGGUAUGUCGUAAACUCG